AUGAUCACUUCGAAGCUUGUAGCCACCAUAUCGGUGAUAUGUCUCGGAUCGUUCCAGUUUGGGUACCAUAUGGCCGAAUUGAACCUGCCUGAGUCAAUUCUUUCGUGCGAAGUUUCAAAACCUGGUCGAAUUCCAUAUGAAGAAUCUUGGUUUGGAAGUAGGGGGUUUUCCAGAUGUAUUCCAUUAACAACUCUGCAAGUUGGUAUGGUCACAUCGAUAUUUGGCAUUGGGGGUUUGGUAGGUUCACUUUAUAUUGGAUCGGUUUCCGAUAAAUAUGGUCGAAAGCGAGCAUCCUUGGUUCAUUGUCUUCUCUAUCUCAUUGGCUCAACUAUGAAUGGAACCGCCAAUGGCUACUGGACCAUUGUUUUGGGUCGGUUUAUUGCUGGGCUUGGUGCUGGCGCGGCAUUGGUCAUCACAUCAAUCUUUAUCAACGAAAUUGCUCCAACAAACUACAAAGGUGCAAUGGGAGCAAUGAACCAGGCAUCGGUCAAUUUGGGCAUUUUUGUUCACCCAGGUGUUGGCGUUGGCAUGGUGUGA